AUGCCUCACGCCGACGCAGCUUUCGUACCGGAUGACAUAAAGACCAAAGCAGCGUUCUAUGCUCAUGUCGAGGAAUCCAUCUCGGCCUUGGUGGACGGACAGGACUACUGGGUAUCCAACUUUGCCAACGCCAGCUCGGUCUUGUACAACUCGUACCUCGGAUCAAGUUUAUACGGACGACGAGACGAUGGCGAGCCGGUGGUGAACUGGUGUGGCUUCUACGUACAUCCUCCUGAGCAAUCGCGAUCAGGACCCCUCCUCUUGGGACCCUUCUGCGGUCGACCUGCUUGUCAGGUAAUCCAAACGAAACCGGGAAAAGGAGUUUGUGCGGAUGCGUUUUUGAAGAACGAGACUCUGGUCGUUGGAGACGUGCAUACCUAUCCGGGUCAUAUCGCAUGCGACGCUUUAUCGCAAUCGGAGAUCGUCUUGCCGCUCAAGAGCCAAAAGGACGGAGUUACCGUGGGCGUGCUUGACCUCGAUAGCACGGUCAAGAACACCUUUGACGACGAGGACAAACGGGGUCUCGAGCGGAUAGUCGCGUUGCUCAAGAUAUGA